GGAAUGUUGCCGAGGCUGGUCUCGAACUGCUGAGCUCAGGUGGUCCUCCCACCUCGGCCCCCCAGAGCGCUGCAGUUAGAGGCAUGAGCCACCCGGCCCCCAAAUAACUCAUCUUGCCAAACCUGACAUUGGAACUGUAGAGCAUUCUCACAUCCCACAAGAGUCUGUUACUCUUCUUCCUCUACAAAUGCGAAGACCUGUCUCUUCCAGCUGCUGCUGGCUGGCCCCGGGCCUGUGGGCAGGUGGGUGAUGGACGCGGGUCUGAGUGUGGGCCGAGGGGCCACUGCGUCCUGAGCAUGCGCCGGGUGUCAGGACUGUGUCUUUCUAGCCUCACAAGAGUUCCCUGACACGUUAGAGAAGGUGAGUCCCAGGCCGGGCACAGUGGCUCACGUCUGAAACCCCAGCACUUUGGGAGGCUGAGGCGGGAGGAUUGAUUGAGUCUGGGAGUUCAAGACCAGCCUGGGCAACAUAGCAAGACCCCAUCUCCACAAAAAUUAGCUGGGUGUGGUGGUACAUGCUGUAGUCCCAGCUGUUAAGGAGGCUGGGGUGGGAGAAUUAAUUGCUUGAGCCCAGGAAGGAGGUCAAGGUUGCGGUGAGCUGUGAUCGCACCACUGUACCCCAGCCUGGGCGACAGAGCGAGACUCUGUCCCAAACAAAACAAGACCAAACCCAGCAAGCCUCUGAGGCCGUGUGGCUCUAAGGGACCAGAGGCAUGGCUUCCUGCAGGCCCUGAGCCAAACCACGACCGGCUGACUGCGUGACGCCCGUGGCCUUCAUGUGAAACGGUGUGAGGAUGCUGCAGGAAAUUGGUGUUCAGGCCUCCCCACACACAGCAAAGCUGAACUCGGACCCACUGGGGAAGGGACGGCUUCACCACGGAGAGAAAGCGGAUUCCGGAAAACUUCAAGUCACAGUUGUGUUUUGUUUAUUUGUUUUGCUUUGUUUUCUGAGGCAGAAUCUUGCUCUGCCGCCCAGGCUGGGGUGCAGUGGUGCAAUCUCAGCUCACUGCGACCUCCACCUCCCGGGUGCCUGCGAUUCUCCUGCCUCAGCCUCCUGAGCAGCUGGGACAACAGGUGCCCGCCACCAUGCCAGGCUCAUUUUUGGAUUUUUUUGUAGAGACGGGGUUUCACCGUGUUGGCCAGGAUGGUCUUGAUCUCCUGACCUCAUGAUUAGCCCACCUUGGCCUCCCAAAAUGCUGGCAUUACAGGCGUGAGCCACCGCGCCCGGCUGCGUUUCAUUCUUUAGCUUGAGCUGUUCACCGAAUACACUCCAGGAAGAGCACCACGAUGGCCUUUGCAGGGGGGAGUCACUGCUCAGAGGCCCCUCGGCGACGGCUCUGAACACACCUCCCCUGGAUGCCACUAGUGGGAUUUGUCCUGUCCAGGAAAGGAAAAACUUACUGUGUAAUUAGCUCCAGUGGACUCAAGCCCCGGGGCUGAAGGAUACAGUCGGGACUCAGCGCACGGAGCCCUGGGCUCACAGCACGUCCACCUGUGACCACCUGCAGUCGUGGGCAAGUCACCCUGCCUCCAACUCCGUCUUCUGGAAAGUGGCCGCAAGGCGCAGCGGCCAGGACGCCACCACAUGAGCCAUCUGAUUGCUGUCUACAUGUGUCUGAGCCAUGGAGUCCGCCGUGGCUGACGUACACCUCAUGCCCAGGGCAACCAAGGAGGUCCCCGCUCCGGGCGCCGCGUGCUGUCGAGCGGCCACCAUUGGUGUGGUGGCCACCAGCCUUGUCGUCCUCACCCUGGGAGUCGUUUUGGCCUUCCUCUCUACGCAGGGCGUCCACGUGGACCACACGGCCGAACUGCGGGGCAUCCGAUGGGACAGCAGCUUGCGGCAGGAGGCCUCGGGCUAUCACCGCACGCUGACGCCCACCCUGGAAGCACUGUUUGUAAGUAGUUUUCAGAAGACAGAGUUAGAGGCAAACUGUGUGGGCUGCACGGUGCUGAAUUACAGGGAUGGGAACUCCAGCGUCCUGGUGCAUUUCCAGCUGCACUUUCUGCUGCGACCCCUCCAGACGCUGAGCCUGGGCCUGGAGGAGGAGCUACUGCAGGAAGGGAUCCGGGAAAGGCUGCGGGGGCGCGGCAUCUCCCUGGCUGCCUACGGCACCAUUGUGUCGGCUGAGCUCACAGGAAGACAUAAGGGACCCUUGGCAGAAAGAGACUUAAAAUCAGGCCGCUGUCCAGGGAACUCCUUUUCCUGCCAGAAUGGCCAGUGUGUGACCAAGGUGAACCCGGAGUGCGACGACCAGCAGGACUGCUCCGAUGGGUCCGACGAGGCGCUGUGCGAGUGUGGCUUGCAGCCUGCCUGGAGGAUGGCCGGGAGGAUCGUGGGUGGCGUGGAAGCGUCCUCGGGGGAGUUUCCAUGGCAAGCCAGCCUUCGAGAGAGAAAGGAGCACUUCUGUGGGGCCACCGUCAUCGGUGCCAGGUGGCUGGUGUCGGCCGCGCACUGCUUCAACGAAUUCCAAGACCCGACGGAGUGGGUGGCCUACGUGGGUACGACCUACCUCAGCGGCUCAGAGGCCAGCACCGUGCGGGCCCGGGUGGCCCAGAUCAUCAAGCAUCCCCUGUACAAUGCAGACACGGCCGACUUCGACGUGGCGGUGCUGGAGCUGACCAGCCCUCUGGCUUUCGGCCGGCACAUCCAGCCUGUGUGCCUCCCAGCCGCCACGCACGUCUUCCCACCCAGCAAGAAGUGCCUGAUCUCGGGCUGGGGCUACCUGAAGGAGGACUUCCUGGUCAAGCCAGAGGUGCUACAGAAAGCCACCGUGGAGCUGCUGGACCAGGCGCUGUGUGCCAGCCUCUAUGGCACCUCGCUCACUGACACGAUGUUGUGCGCCGGCUACCUGGACGGGAAGGUGGACUCUUGCCAGGGCGACUCAGGAGGACCCCUGGUGUGUGAGGAACCGUCCGGCAGGUUCUUUCUGGCUGGCAUUGUGAGCUGGGGAAUCGGCUGUGCAGAAGCGCGGCGUCCCGGGGUCUAUGCGCGAGUCACCAGGCUGCGUGACUGGAUCCUGGAGGCCACCACCACAGCCAGCAUGACUCCGGCCCUCACGGCAGCUCCUGCCCCCGCUGCCCCCAGCACGGCCUGGCCCACCGGUCCCCAGAGCUCCGUGGUCAACACCCCCACCAAAUCCACACCGGACCCCGGCACUGUGGCUCUUGACUGGGUCACCGUUCCGAAGCUACAAGAAUGCGGGGCCAGGCCUGCGAUGGAGAAGCCCCCCCGGAUCGUGGGCGGGUUUGCAGCGGCCUCCGGGGAGGUGCCCUGGCAGGUCAGCCUGAAGGAAGGGGCCCGGCACUUCUGCGGAGCAACCGUGGUGGGCGACCGCUGGCUGCUGUCUGCCGCCCACUGCUUCAACCACACGAAGGUGGAGCAGGUCCGGGCCCACCUGGGCACUACGUCCCUCCUGGGCCUGGGCGGGAGCCCAGCGAAGGUGGGGCUGCGGCGGGUGAUGCUGCACCCCCUCUACAACCCUGGCACCCUGGACUUCGACCUGGCCGUCCUGGAGCUGGCCAGCCCCCUGGCCUUCAACAAGUACAUCCAGCCUGUCUGCCUGCCCCUGGCCAUCCAGAAGUUCCCCGUGGGCCGGAAGUGCAUGAUCUCCGGAUGGGGAAACACGCAGGAAGGAAACGCCAGCAAGCCCGAGCUCCUGCAGAAGGCGUCCGUGGGGAUCAUAGACCAGAAGACCUGCGGCGUGCUGUACAACUUCUCCCUCACGGACCGCAUGCUCUGCGCGGGCUUCCUGGAAGGCAGAGUCGACGCCUGCCAGGGCGACUCUGGGGGCCCCCUGGCCUGCGAGGAGACCCCCGGCGUGUUUUAUCUGGCAGGAAUCGUGAGCUGGGGGAUUGGCUGUGCCCAAGUUCAGAAGCCUGGUGUGUACACGCGCAUCACGAGGCUGAAGGGCUGGAUUCUGGAGACUAUGGCCUCCCAGCCCCUUCCUGUGUCUCCGCCCUCGACCACAAGGACGCUGGCCACCACCAGCCAUCCUCCCAGAAUGACGGCUGGCCUCACAGUCCUGGGGGCCACCCCCAGCCAACCCACCCCAGUGGCCACCAGCAGGGUGACCGGCCAAUCUGCCAACUCAACCUUAUCUGCCAUGAUAACCACCUCUGGGGGACAGACGCCACUUCCAGAAACCCCAGAGGCCACCACUCGCUCCCAGCUACCAGACUGCGGCCUGGCACCAGCGGCGCUCACCAGGAUUGUCGGGGGCAGCGCGGCGGCCCGCGGGGAGUGGCCGUGGCAGGUGAGCCUGUGGCUGCGGCGCAGGGAGCACCGCUGUGGGGCCGUGCUGGUGGCAGAGAGGUGGCUGCUGUCCGCGGCGCACUGCUUCGACGUCUACGGGGACCCCAAGCAGUGGGCGGCCUUCCUGGGCACACCGUUCCUGAGCGGCGCGGAGGGGCAGCUGGAGCGCGUGGCGCGCAUCUACAAGCACCCGUUCUACAACCUCUACACCCUCGACUACGACGUGGCACUGCUGGAGCUGGCGGGCCCGGUGCGCCGCAGCCGCCUGGUGCACCCCAUCUGCCUGCCCGAGCUCGCUCCAAGACCCCCCGACGGCGCGCGCUGUGUCAUCACCGGCUGGGGCUCAGUGCGCGAAGGAGGCUCCAUGGCGCGGCAGCUGCAGAAGGCGGCCGUGCGCCUCCUCAGUGAGCAGACCUGCCGCCGCUUCUACCCGGUGCAGAUCAGCAGCCGCAUGCUGUGCGCUGGCUUCCCGCAGGGAGGUGUGGACAGCUGCUCGGUGAGCCCCAGGGCGACGCUGGGGGACCCCUGGCCUGCAGGGGGCCCUCUGGACGGUGGGUGCUAACUGGGGUCACCAGCUGGGGCUAUGGCUGUGGCCGGCCCCACUUCCCAGGUGUCUACACCCGGGUGGCAGCUGUGAGAGGCUGGAUAGGACAGCACAUCCAGGACUGACUGCCAUGAGGCCACCUAGGCCAGGACUCUAGGUGAAAGCAGCAGGGCCAGUAGGCCACCCCACUCCACCUCAUUGUACCUUACCCAAGGACAGGCGUGGGGGACGUGGAGGGAGCUGUGGGUCACAGGGAGGCACUUGAGUUGCACGUUUUGUUACAAUUAACACAGCCCCUUCACCCUAGCUCACCGGCUCAGCACCUCAGUGUCGCAACCUGCCUGGUGCUCUACCACGACCUUGGGUGGAAGGGAGUGGGGUCUGCAAGGUUCUCUGGCCACACAGGGGACUACACCAUGAUGACCCCUGUGACCCACACGGCCGCCCACAGAGGAACUCCCAGAGCCAGAAAGUCUAGUCCAACCUUGUGACACACGACACACCCCCUUGCAAAACAAACAGCCACCCUGAACUGUAACUUCCCACUGCCUGCCCCAAACCUAUAAAACCAGCUCCUGUCAGUUGCCCUCCACUGACUCUCUCUUCCGAAUCCACCCACCAGCACCAGAGUGAAUAAACAGCCUUGUUGCUCA